GUCCAGAAAAGGGGCGGUUCUUCCGUUCCGAGCGCGCAGUGAGGGUUGGCUGUACCGGCUCCGAAAGUUGCUCUUGUUUCCUGGCCAUGGGCCCACGGAGCCGUGAGCGCCGGGCAGGAGCAGUACAGAAAACCAAUGACAGUAGCGCCCUCAGCAAGAGUUCUCUAGCCUCGCGCGGGUACGUAGACGAUGCCUUCACCUCGCUGCUGGUCCCAGCGACCGCGCGCCGCACGCCCCUUAUUCACCGGGGCUACUACAUCCGCGCACGCGCCGUGCGCCACUGCGUGCUCGCCUUCCUCAAACUGACGAGCGCUGGCCCAGAAGCGCGUCGCUCCCAGAUCCUGUCUCUUGGCGCGGGCUCUGACUCACUGUAUUUCCACCUCAAAGCUUCAGGCCUUCUGGCCGGGGCUGGAGUCUGGGAAGUGGAUUUCCCGGUCGUGGCGCGGCGCAAGGCGGAGAGGAUCGAGGAGACGCCGGAAUUGUGCGCGUUAAUCGGGCCUUUCCAAAGGGGCAGACCCGAGUCGACGUUGUGCUUCGAGAGCUUGGACUACCACAUCCUGGGCCUGGACCUGCAGCAGCUGCAGCAACUAGAAGAGGCCCUGGAUGCGGCUGGCCUGGACGCAGCCAUACCCACCCUGCUUCUGGCCGAGGCCGUACUCACCUACCUCCAGCCCAGCAGUGCUGCAGCCCUCAUUGCCUGGGCUGCCCGGCGUUUUUCUAAUGCCUUUUUCGUGGUAUAUGAGCAAAUGAAGCCACAAGAUGCCUUUGGCCAGGUCAUGUUGCAACAUUUUCAGCAGCUGAAUUCUCCCCUACAUGGCCUGGACCUCUUUCCUGACGUGGAGUCCCAGCGAUGCCGCUUCCUUGAAGCUGGCUGGCCUGCCUGCAGUGCCAUGGACAUGAAUGAAUUCUACCGCUGCUUCCUCCCUGCAGAAGAACGGCAGCGGAUGGAACAUCUUGAACCCUUUGAUGAAUUUGAAGAGUGGCAUCUGAAGUGCUCCCACUAUUUCAUUCUGACAGCUUCUAAGGGAGAUACCCUCUCCCAGGCUCUUUUGUUGGCUCCCUUAGAGGCAUUUCCUCAGGUAGAUCCAGCUUCGCCUUCAGGGGUCUUUCCUGCCAAAGUGGUCACUAAUGGCAGCCAGGGUUCAAACCUUAAGAGAUAUGGUCACGCCUCUGUCCUCUUGAGCCCUGGGAUUGUCCUCAGUGCAGGAGGAUUUGGAGAACAGGAAGGACGGCAUUGCCGAGUGAGCAAACUUCACUUGUUCUCAAGAUACUCUCAUGUUGAAUGGAAAAGCAGCCAAAUAUAUUGUUGGGGGACUGGACUCCAGUGGGAUGGACGCCUUUAUCAUACCAUGACAAGACUUUCAGAUACUCAGGUUCUGGUUCUGGGAGGGAGACUCUCCCCAGUAAGUCCAGCCUUGGGGGCUGUCCAACUUCAUUUACGUAAGAGUGGGGAUAAUAGCACUGAAUCCAUAAAUGUGACAGUAACAAAGGUUGACUUGGAAGAUUACACUUUGUCAUGUUGGCGGCAUUCAACAACAGAAGUGUCUUAUCAGAAUGAGAAAUACUUGUUUGUGUAUGGGGGUCGGAAUGUAGUGGAACCAGUGCUAAGUGAUUGGCAUUUCCUACAUCUAGGAACAAUGGCUUGGGUCAAGAUCCCAGUGAAAGGGGGUGCACCUGACCCUCGGCAUUCCCAUAGUGCCUGCCCUUGGCAAGGAGGAGCCCUUAUUGCUGGAGGUCUUGGAGCUUCUGAAAAGCCAUUGAAAUCUGUAGUCUUCCUGAGACCAAUCUCUUGUGGAUUCCUGUGGGAAUCAAUAGAUAUCCAGCCUCCCAUUACCCCAAGGUACUCCCACACAUCUCAUGUAUUUAAUGGACAGCUUCUGCUGGUUGGAGGGGUCUGGAUUCAUUCCUCCUCGGUUCCUGGAGUGACUGUUAUCAAUUUGAGUACAGGAUUGAGCACUGAGUAUCAGAUUGACACAACAAGUGUGCCAUGGCCACUAAUGUUGCACAACCAUACCAGCAUUCUCCUUCCCGAAGAACGACAGCUCCUGCUCCUUGGAGGUGGUGGGAACUGCUUUUCCUUUGGCACUUACUUCAACCCUCAUACAGUGACUCUAGACCUUUCUUCUUUAAGUCCUGGGCAAUAAAAAUGAUGCUUGAUAUAGAUAACAAAGGUGUCUGCAAAUAGACCUUGAGUUUGGUUGUAGAACUGCCAUACCACCACCAGCACCACCCUCUUUUAUUCCUUUGCACUAUUAAAUGCAGAAAAUGAAAGUUAUUAAAAUGCCAACAGAGAAAUAGUGUGAUUAAACAGGAAAUUGGCCACCCAGCUGUAAAGUAGAAAGCAUCUAAAUUCAUGUAUUCAGUUGAUUGGACUUCUCAUUUUCAAAUCUAAAAGUUACUCAUUUAUUGAAUUUAAAAGCAAAGCCAGAUGUGGUGGUAUACACUUGUAAUCACAGUAUUUGGGAAACUGAGGCAGGAGAACUGCAAAUUCAAGGCCAACCUGAACUACAUAUCAAGACUGUCUCAAAAAAAUCAAAUAAAUAAAUGUAAUACAUUCUCUAUUAUUAUUAUUAUUAUUAUUAUUAUUUUGUCUUUUUUUCGUUUUUACUGGUACCAGGGAUCAAACUCACGACUGCCUGCUUGCAAGGCAGGCGCUUAUGCCGCUGAGCUAAAUCCCUAGCCCCGAGUAAUACAUUCUCUAACCUGGCCUUUGUGACUUGAGACUGUACCUUGGAAAAAGUUUCAAAUAGUUCCUUAGCAAGAAUGCAAGGUUGAAAGUAGUUCAAGAAACAUUAUUGGCCUAAUUCUUGGUGAAACCUGAAAUGAACACAGUUGUUUAAAUUACUAUGCUUGUAAAUGCAAACCAGAAUUCAGUAUUAAUGAGAACAUUUGCACAGCAGUUGAAAACCAUGCUUUUGAUCAAGUUUUGCCACUGGUGUUAUAUUUAUUUAAAUGUAUAAAUGCCAGCAAACUAAAUAAUUCAUUCUAAUCAUAGUUUAAUGUGCUGUUCCAGAUCUGUUCCAAACAGCCAUCACUCUGUUCUGUGCCCUGUGGGAAGCCGCCUGAGAUGGCGCCCAUUUCCUGCUUCCGGGUUCUUCUGCUUCUCUGUGAUUGGAUACUGCUUCCCCUUAUAAGAGGUUGUUCCUGCCCCCAACGGGCGGAAGAGGAAUCAACGUUGAGGGUGGCGGACCUUGUUAGGUCCGGUUCGCUGUACGCAAUAAAGUUUGAGAGCUGA